GUGGACAAAACCUCCCGACGGAGGCCGCGUAAUUUGUAAAUAUUAUAUCAUAGCUUAAAAAAAAAAAUUUAAAAAAAUUAUCAUACAAAAUAUAUAUUAUAUACGUGUGUAGUAUAUAUUAUAUAGGUGUACAGAUAUUUCGUGUUGUAAAAUUUUGUAAAGUUCCGUUCGUCCGUUCCUUUUGUGUGUCUGUGCGUGUAUGUGUGUGUGUGGUGUGAGCGAUUGCUGAGUGCCGGCUGUGCGUUCCAGAGGUUUUUUACAAUUUCAAAUGAAGUGGUUAGGCGCAGGGAAUGUACCUGUUUCCAGCACAAAUAAUACAGUGUUGAAUAACAGUGGUAAUCAUUUGCAAGAGCAUCAACAACAGUUAAAUGAGAAUGAACCAAGUGGAGAUAAUGUAUUACGACAAACAGUACAAGAAGAACCAAUUGUUAACUAUGUAUUUGAUUGUGCAUCAGGCGAAUCACAAGAAUAUGGAUUGCAAUCUGCUCCAUUACCAUCUAAACUCCCACAGCCUAGGUGGCCAGCAACCUCUGAGGACUGUUUUUUAGAGCAAAUGCAGGAGAAAUGGAAAUAUUUCUCUGCGAAAAUGUCUCAACCUCCACCUCAGAUAUCUGAAGUACCAAAUGUACAAUAUCAAUUACAACCUAUAUUAGUUAAAUCUGGUGAAGGUGGUGCAGAACAGUAUGUUUAUGGAGCACCUCCAGGGUUGCAUCCCUAUCAGCAACAUAUGGCAGAUUUAGCAAACUCUUCAAUGGCACAUAAUUCAGCACAUGCAAUUAUGUCAACCCAACAGCAGCAUACUAUGGACUUACACAUGCGAAAUGGAGAAAUUGCAUCUUCAACAAAAAAGUUAUGGGGAGUCGAAGAAGGCAAAGAAGAUGGACCUAAAGGCAUACUUAAUUUAAAUGAUCAUCAUCAUCAAAUGUGGAGAGAUUCCACUUGGAGUUCUAAUACCAGAAGAGGGGCCGGUUUUCCAGUUGGUAAUGAUACUGGCAAUAUAUUAUCUCCAAGAUCAUCAGAGGCUGGAAUUGGCAUGAAGAUGGUUGAAUAUGUUUUAGCCAGUACACCAAAUAAAAUGGAGCCCUUAGAGCCUAGAAUGAGAAAUUUAGUUAUUAGUUCAAAUGAUGGUGAAACUAUAAAGAAAGAAAAAGAAAAACCACCCGGUUCUCCCUAUGAUUCUGUAAAUAGUAAUAAAAAAGAAAUGGAAAAUGGAAAUUGUUCGACUGUUGUUCAACAAAAUGGAAUGGUAGUAGUACAAAAUGGCUUAGACGAAGAUAAAUAUAUCAAUCGUCAAGCUUCACCCUGUGAAGAAGAUAUAAACAAAACUGCAAUGAAUGCAGUUUCAAGCAAUCAAGUAGCUAAUGCUGGUUCCAAUAAUGUAGUGGUUAUUGACAGUUUGCAUGGUGCACUACAUCAAGGACAACUAAUGAAUCAUCAUCAUCAUGGAAUGACCAUGCCUUUACACCAACAAUUCCAAGUACAAGKAGAUCCCAAUCAAAUGGAUCUUAAUUCAUACCAUGCCAACAAUGCUCAACAACAACAAGGCACUAUUGACUCUCAAGGAAAUGUUAUGACUCCAUUUGAUAUUCAGUAUACCACACGUAAUGAAUAUACAGGUGUAUUUACUCUAGUGGACACCGGUAUUAUUUGGUAUGAUGUGAAAAAGUCAAAUGAAAGUACUAAAGUUAAAUCUUACGCAUUUGAUGAUUGA